AUGUCACCUUUCAUUUUUUUGCAUUGUACAAUUUUCAUUUUAACGAUAUCGUCCAUUCUUGCUAUCGGUGAAGGAAUGUUCGAUAAAAUUAAAGCUGGCUUGCAAAAUGCUAAAAACUACUUGGAAACAGCAAGAGAUAUUGCUGAUCUAGUCUCGGAAAGUUUAAGAUUGAAAGAGACUGAAAAUAAACGAGGGGCCAAUGCUGAUUUCACUAAUGAACAAGGAAAUAAGCCAUUUGAAUUAACGAACUUAAUGAGCACUUUUUUUCGAUUCUUAGGAUUAGAUACGAAAAAAAUCACCGCAGUCACUAUCAAUAGUUUCAUUUUCUUCGCUCAAAUGAUAAGCGAACUUUUUAAAUUAACUCCAAAAGUUGAGCAUUUCGAAGAUAUGGACGAAAAUAGGGAUCCAGUGGACCUAGUAAAAUUGAUUACAGAAAGUAAAAAUGAGAAGAUUCAAAAUCUACUGAGGCAAGCCGAAGACAAGGGUUUACCAAGCCAACUGAUGGAGAAAGCCGACUUUGGAAACUCACCGUGCAUAAAGCUUUUACUAUGUAAAUUAUCUCCUAUUAUUUGGGCUGCACAAAAAUCAUUAAAAAAUGGUUCGAUACGUGGUCAACGUGAUAUAACAUCAUGGCUACCUUCCAAAAAUCAAUUUGAAACUUACUCCGAUACUUGUGACGAUAAUAACAAUGAUUCUGAUGCUUACAUAGAACAAUAA